AUGGUCGACACCGAUCCCCAAACUGCGUCUGUGUCUGCGCCUCGCACAUGUACCUUGUGCAGCUCGCAGGCAAAGUACACAUGCCCCAGAUGUCGCACCCCGACCUGCUCUCUACCCUGUUCGCGAAAGCACAAACAACGCACAGGCUGCUCUGGGGAACGUAACAAGGCCGAGUAUGUACCCAUGAACGCAUACGGCUGGGGGACCAUGAUGCGCGACUACGGCUUUCUGGAAGAUGUCGGGAGGAAAGUGGGCGAGUGGGGCAACGAAAUCGCUCGCGGGAGGUACCAGGCGGAACGGGGCACAACGAGGAGGGUCGAUAGUCUAGGAAAAAUGAACGGGCGGGGAAAGCGGAUGAGAGGCACCAAAAGAGACACCCUCAAGUCCUACCUAGAUUCAAUAGAUAUCGACAUCGACCUGCUCCCCAAUGGCAUGGAACGCAGAGCCUUAAGUCAAUCUACCUGGGACCCAAAAAUGGGACGCCCUCUGUUGACAAUCGAAUUCAAGUUCUAUCCUCCGUCCCCCGUCUCACCAUGUACAAUUGAGACUGUCCGAACGCAAUCUCAUACUGUCAUCACACACCGCAAUCCGAUAUCGAAGAUAUUGUUGGAAAUUCUACAGUCUCACAUACCCCAACAACCUCUCCAGUCCCGAAAGCACAGAGAGCAUUCUUUACCAGAUUGGGUGCCUCCUCUGGUGCAUCCUCACCCAGAAGACCCGGAAGGCUUCCUCCACCCAGAUUGCUAUGUCCGCGCCAAUCCGAAUUUCCAUUGUCAGCCAACCUCCCAAGCCGAGUUUUACCAUAAAUUAGACCCAACGCUGCCUCUCUCGGAGCUACUUCGGAAUACUCAUUUCGUGGAAUUCCCAACCAUUCAUAUCUUCGACCGAGACGCGUCAAGUUUUUGGGGCACAGUAGUAGAUAAGACCGGACGGAUUACUCGGCAUCGGCAGGAUGACGCAUAUGGAAGAGCCCUGAAACGCAGGAAAACCAAUGCCCAGGCCAUUGUUGGGCUACUUGGAGAUUAUGGGAGCAGCUCCGAAUCCGAAAAAGACCAGCCUCGGAAAAACGAUGGUCUCCUCAUGCUUGGAAGUUACUCAGAAAACGAGGUUAUGGAAACAAGUUCUGGGAUACAUUUACCUCACGACGUUGAUGAUGAAGCCGGUCCCGAAGAAUCGAGUAGCUCCGACGUUGAAGAAACACCGAUAGAACCCGAGAUGCUGCUUGUGCUUAUGAAGCGAGCACGUCAGGCUGCUGACGAAGAUGUUGACUGGGAUGACGAACCACAAGACGACGGGGAGUCUCCCUGA